AUGAGGAAAGACGUUGGUAAGCGCGCUACCACCAACAGAGACCUCUCCAGCUCAUCCCAGGACCCUCAGCCCUUCCGGAUGGGAGAUUGCUCUGUUCCCCAGCCCAGGAGCGGUGUUCAGCAUGCUUCAGGUAAGCAUUAUGAGGAAGAAGAGGAGGAGGAUGCCCUACCUGAUUCAGAUGCCCUGCCAGACUCAGAUGAUGAGGUGGAUUUGGAUAAGCCGUGCCCCAUACAGAUUGUUCUUGCUCAUGAAGAUGACCAUAACUUUGAAUUAGAUGAAGAAGCAUUGGAAAAAAUCUUGCUUCAGGAACACAUCAAAGAUCUCAACAUAGUAGUAGUGUCUGUAGCAGGAGCUUUCCGCAAAGGAAAAUCUUUUCUGCUGGACUUCAUGCUUAGAUACAUGUAUAACAGGACUUCUCCUUGCUGGAUAGGUGGAAACACCGAGCCAUUGACUGGGUUUACAUGGAGAGGUGGAUGUGAACGGGAAACCACUGGCAUUCAGAUUUGGAGUGAAGUGUUUGUAAUUGAUAAACCCAAUGGAACAAAGGUUGCUGUACUACUUAUGGAUACCCAAGGUGCCUUUGAUAGCCAAUCCACUAUCAAAGACUGUGCAACAGUUUUUGCUCUGAGCACCAUGACGAGUUCUGUUCAGGUAUACAACUUGUCCCAGAAUAUUCAGGAAGAUGACCUUCAACAUUUGCAGUUGUUUACAGAAUAUGGAAGACUAGCUAUGGAAGAAAUUUACCAAAAGCCGUUUCAGACACUAAUGUUCUUAAUUAGAGAUUGGAGUUAUCCUUAUGAACAUGCAUAUGGCUUGGAAGGAGGAAAAAAGUUCCUAGAGAAAAGAUUGCAGGUAAAGCAAAACCAACAUGAAGAGCUACAGAAUGUAAGGAAGCAUAUUCACUCCUGUUUCAGUAAUCUUGGCUGUUUCCUGUUGCCCCACCCUGGUCUUAAAGUUGCAACAAAUCCAAAUUUUGAUGGGAGGUUGAAUGAUAUAGAUGAGGAUUUUAAGAAAGAACUGCGGAAUUUGGUACCAUUACUGCUUGCCCCUGAAAACUUGGUAGAAAAAGAGAUUAGUGGAUCCAAGGUGACCUGUAGAGAUCUUGUAGAAUACUUCAAGGCUUAUAUUAAAAUCUAUCAAGGAGAGGAGCUACCUCAUCCGAAAUCUAUGUUGCAGGCAACAGCAGAGGCAAACAAUCUUGCUGCUGUGGCAGGAGCGAAAGACUUGUACAGUAGAGGCAUGGAGCAGGUUUGUGGGGGAGAUAAGCCUUACAUUGCCCCAUCGGACCUUGAGCGGAAGCACCAGGAUUUCAGAGAGUCAGCUGUCAGGCAGUUCUGCUCAGUGAAGAAGAUGGGAGGGGAGGAGUUCUGUCGGCGCUACCAGGAACAGCUUGAAGUGGAAAUCGACGAGAUCUAUGCAAACUUUGUGAAGCACAACGAUGGCAAAAACAUCUUUUAUGCUGCUCGUACCCCUGCCACUCUAUUUGCAGUCAUGUUUGCCAUGUAUAUAACCUCAGGACUGACUGGGUUCCUUGGUAUGAACUCCAUAGCUACCCUGUGUAAUCUUGUGCUGGGGAUGGCUCUUAUAUCGUUUUGUACUUGGGCAUACGUUAAGUACUCUGGGGAAUUCAGAGAAGUUGGAACAGCCAUUGAUCAGAUCGCUGAAGCUAUAUGGGAACAGAGGAAUCCCAGGAAGGUGUUUUCCAAACUCUUUGAAGUCCUUAGACGCCGAAUGAUUCGCCGUGCUCUUACAUCAGUGCCACGACAGCGACUCUCAUCCAACAAUAACAAGAAGAAAAACUAGCCAGUAUUUUUAACUUUCUUUCUGUAUCUGAAGUGUUCACACUUACAUAUAUAGGACAAUAAGCUGGACCGUCUGGGCCGGUCUGCAUAAAUGCUGUAACCAUACCAGACUGAUGCUGCAUAUAGGGUGUUGAAGCCCAUGAGUGAUAAUUUGAUGGAG